AUGAAGAUGAUUGUUCUGAAGUCAAAGCGGCGGAGCCAGCUGCUGUUCCUCGGCACAAUGGCCCUCACGAUCACGGUCAUCUGCCUGCUCUUCUUUGCUCUCCUCUGGAAGGCCGGCAACCUUGUGGACCUGCCCAACCUCAGGGUUGGCUUCUACAACUUCUGUCUCUGGCACGAGGGUGCCAGCGCCCUGCAGUGCUACCAGUUCCCGGAGCUGGAGGCCCUGGGCGUGCCUCGGGUGGGCCUGGCCCUGGCCAGGCUCGGCGUGUACGGCGCCCUGGUCCUCACCCUUUUCGUCCCCCUGCCUCUCCUCCUGGCCUGGUGCAACAACAACGAGGGGGAGUGGCAGCUGGCCGUGGGCUUCCUGGCCACGUCCUCCGCGCUGCUGGCCAGUGGUCUGGGCCUCUUCCUCAUCUACACCUGGAAGUGGCUCCAGCUCUCCCUUCUGGGACCCGGGUCUCUAGCUCUGGGUGCUGCCCAGGCCUUGCUCAUCCUCUUGCUUGUGGCCACAGCUGUGUUCCCUCAGAGGGCAGAGGACAGGAGCUGGGGAGCUGCUAGCUCCGUUUAA